GAUAGUACCGCUGAGUUGGCAUUUGUCGGAAACAGAAAACUAACAAACAAAAACCAUCAUACCAAACGUUGUCCACCAAGGACAACCAGUGUACGCGUUGCUGUACAAUUUCAUAUUCCAUUUCUCUCUUUUUCUUAUGAAACCCUCUUUUUCCAUUAUUACCAUUCAAUUUCAAUCUCAAUCUUCUACUAUGGGUAUUCGGUUUUCUUCAUUUCGAUCCAACCUAACCGGUUCAACUUUAGGUGAAUUACCGGAAAGUUGCGUCGCUUCAAUCAUCGGUUACAUGGAUCCUCCUCAGAUCUGUCAACUUGCGACGUUGAAUCGUGCUUUUCGUGCUGCUUCUUCUGCUGAUUUCGUUUGGGAAUCUAAAUUGCCGCCAAAUUACCAUCUUCUCCUCGCCAAAAUCUUUCAUCAUUUUCCUAUCAAUUUGGGUAAAAGAGACAUUUAUGCUUCUCUUUGUCGACUUAAUACCAUUGAUGAUGGCACCAAGAAAGUUUGGAUUGAUAGAGCCACGGGUAAGCUUUGUUUGGCUAUAUCAGCUAACAAGGGACUAUCAGUACUUGGGGUUGAUGAUAGGAGAUAUUGGAAUUAUAUCAUCACUGAAGAAUCUAGAUUCAAUACUGUUGCAUACCUUCAGCAUACCUGGUGGUUUGAAGUGGACGGGGAAGUUGAUUUCCCAUUUCCAGCCGGGACAUACAGCUUAUUCUUCAGAAUACAUCUAGGGCAAGCCUACAAGAGGUUUGGACGUCGUGUCUGCAACACUGAACAUGUUCAUGGGUGGGACAAAAAGCCUGUGCGAUUCCAACUUUGGACUUCAGAUGGGCAAUACGUUGCCUCCCAGUGUUUUCUGAAAGGAACUGGCAAUUGGACUUUUUACCAUGCAGGUGAUUUCACAGUUGAGGAUGGGAAUUCAUCAACCAAAGUCAAAUUCUCUAUGACUCAAAUUGAUUGCACGCACACUAAAGGUGGUCUGUGUUUGGAUUCUGCUUUUAUUUACCCAAGCGAAUUCAAAAAGAGCAAGUCAUUUUUAAACUGCUCCUAACCAUUUCAGGUAGAAAGAAAAUGUACAUCAUGUCUGUCUAGUAUGUAUAGAACAUAGGGCGGUGUCAUGAGGAUUAGAGAAUCGAGUUUUUAUAUGAUUCUUUAGGAUUAGAGAUUUGUUAGAGCUAGGAGGGAAUCAAGAUGUGCAAUUUGAUUAAUUUCUUCUGUUAAUUAAAUGGAUUGUUCUAUCAAGUUUUUGUAUGGUAUAUUGACUGACUAUUGAGAAAGUUCUAUGCUUGCGGAAGAUUUGAAUGUAUGGGAUGAUUUUGAUGACAUUAAACCCAAGAAUAUAUCUGAAGUUUAUAUUUUGA